UGCAGUGACGUCGUAAAAAAACCAAAACUCAAUCAACACCACAGUUUCUGCCAUGCAGCUUUCGACUGUAUCGACUGUUCGACCACUUUCCACACCCCUGCUGAGUACCAAGGACACACUUCGUGCGUGACCGAGGCAGAAAAGUAUCAGAAAAACUUGUACAAGGGUCCUAGA